CCUCAGACCUAAGGAUGCCACGAACACAGUCUCCAGAACCUCUACUGUCAGCUAGCUGUGUUCACUCUGCUAGGGAGUCUACACUGAACCUAACCAUUGGACCUCUCUAAGGCAGCUUGUGAUCUGGCAUCCACCAUUAGCCUUCUGGAGCAUCUUUAGCAACCAUGAUUAUCACCAUAUCUUUGAUUUGGGCAGUGGUGAUUGGUUUUUGCUGCUGUCUGUGGCUUGCUCUGGGGAUCCGCAAGAGACAACCAGGUGAGCCUCCGGUGGAGAAUGGUUUGAUCCCUUACCUCGGCUGUGCCCUCCAGUUUGGAGCCAACCCCCUGGAGUUUCUCCGGAGCCGACAGAAAAAAUAUGGCCACAUCUUCACUUGCAAGAUUGCUGGAAAAUACUUUCACUUUCUGUGCGACCCUUUCUCCUACCACGCCGUGAUCCGCCAAGGCAGGCAUCUGGACUGGAAGAAGUUCCACUUCUCUACCUCGGUCAAGGCAUUCGGCCAUGACAGCAUGGACCCCAGACACGGUUACACCACAGAGAACCUCCACCAGACCUUUUUGAAGACCCUGCAGGGCGAAGCCCUCCCCUCACUCAUCGAGACCAUGAUGGAGAACCUACAGUCGGUCAUGCUGCAAUCCGACACCCUCAGCCCCAGCAAGGACCGCUGGGACGUGGACGGCAUCUUUGCCUUCUGCUACAAGGUCAUGUUCGAGUCAGGCUACCUGACGCUCUUUGGCAAGGAUCUGGGAAACAACAAGAAUGCUGCGCGCCAGGAGGCCCAGAAGGCGUUGGUGCUUAACGCUCUAGAGAACUUCAAGGAGUUUGACAAGAUCUUCCCGGCUCUGGUGGCUGGCUUGCCAAUCCACGUGUUCAAGAGCGCCCACUCUGCCAGGGAGAACCUGGCUAAGACCAUGCUGGCCGAGAACUUAAGCAAACGCCAGAACAUAUCAGACCUGAUUUCAUUGCGCAUGCUUCUAAAUGACACGCUGUCCACCUUCAAUGACCUGAGCAAGGCCCGCACCCAUGUGGCACUGCUGUGGGCCUCACAGGCCAACACACUGCCUGCUACUUUCUGGAGCCUGCUUUACAUGAUCAGGAGUCCAGAGGCUAUGAAGGCAGCCAAUGAGGAGGUGAAAAAGAUUCUGGAGAGUUCAGGUCAGCGUGUCGACCACAGCAAACCACAACUCACUCUCUCCCGGGAGGACCUGGACAACAUGCCUGUAAUAGACAGCAUCAUUAAGGAGGCCAUGCGUCUGUCAAGUGCGUCAAUGAACGUCCGAGUGGCUAAAGAGGACUUCCUGCUUCACCUUGACAACCAGGAGUCGUACCGCAUCCGCAAAGAUGAUGUCAUCGCCCUCUACCCCCAGAUGCUCCACUUUGACCCCGAAAUUUACGAGGACCCCUUGACCUACAAAUACGACAGAUAUUUGGAUGACAGUGGCCAAGAAAAGACAAUGUUCUACAGGGAGGGGCGCAAACUGCGGUACUAUUACAUGCCUUUCGGCUCUGGUGUGACCAAGUGCCCCGGGCGCUUCUUCGCAGUGCACGAGAUCAAGCAGUUCCUAGCGCUGGUGCUCUCCUACUUCGACAUGGAGCUCCUAGACUCAGCCGUUAAAGUGCCUCCUCUCGACCAGUCACGUGCCGGCCUGGGGAUCCUGCAACCCACCUAUGAUAUUGACUUCAGAUAUAAACUGAAAACUCAGUAAGACAGACUCCACUGAUCUACUUUCUCCAUAAUGUGAAUUGCAUAUAUUGUAUAUUUAAGAAUUUAAGCCACAAUGAUCCCACUGACCACACACUGGUUGAAUCAACAUUGUUUCCACAUCAUUUCAAUGAAAUUACGUGGAACCAACGUGGAAUAGACGUUGAAUUGACGUCCGCACUCAGUGGGAUUUAAAUACACUGCGACGUAUUGUUAUAAUGUAUUUUUAAAGUUGAUACAGAGGUUUUUGUUAGCCUCAGAAAGGUAAGCAUUGGCGAAAAGGCCAUGUUAGGAAGAGUCCUGUAUCAAAAGUGACUUUGAUGGAACUCCAUAUAAAUGUUAUCAGUAAUAUUUACUGAAUCUUCCACGUAAGCAUUAUUACUGUAUCACUAUUGCCGACCGCAAUCUUUGAACUGUGAAAUCAUUCAACAUUUCAGUUGUGCUUCUGUUUGUGACCUUCACAAUCAGUAGUUGGUAAUUGCCCCCCAUUUACUGUGCUGUUGAAUGACUCUUUUUGCGCUGAUUGAGUAGUGUAAUGUACAUUCUAGUUCCGUUGAAGUAUUCCCUAUGCUGGGAUAAAAUAAUUGUAUUAUCUGUAUUAAUGUUUACUGUGAUAUACCGUACAAAACAAGUACAAAAAUGCAUGUGAUGUUUACUUUACAAAACCAGUAUAAAUGCAAUACAUUUCUA